AUGCCGAUCCCAGCGGUGAACACAAUUGAUAAUGACGAGCCGCCAAAGCUGUUUUACUGUGCCAGACGGUUUCCCUAUAAUCAUCAAGUUGAUGUGAAGACUAUCUCGAGAGAUUACUGCUCAGGUUGCUCUUGUACUGAUGAUUGCUCUGAUCCACUGAAAUGCGAAUGCCAACAACUGACAGUCUCAAAUGUGCAAAGAUUAGCAAAAAGUUUUCGGCCUCCACCCGGAGAAUAUGGAUACAGCUAUCGAAUACUCCUUGGAAAAACUAUUACUGGCGUUUUUGAGUGCAACGACAACUGUGGGUGUCAGCAGAAGCGUUGCUUCAAUCGAGUGGUUCAACAGCCAAUCAGAUAUCCGAUUCAGAUUUACAAAACUGCACAAAGUGGAUGGGGUGUACGUGCGCUGUGUGAUAUACCUGCUGGAGCAUUCAUUGCUAAUUACGUUGGAGCAUUGUUAACUGACAGCAUAGCCGAUGCGCUACAAGGAGAAGAUGAAUACUUCGCCGAUCUUGAUCUCAAUGAUGCGGUAGAGAACGAGAAAGCCACGACACUCGAAAAGUGCGGUUAUUUGGAUAUGGGUAUUGGCAGUUCGGAUGAGGAGGAUGAAGCGGCUAUGUCCAAAAAGGAUGCCGACGAUGACGGAUUGGGGUCGGAUAUGUCGUCGUCGUCAUCCAGUGAAGAAGAGGAGCCAAAAAUGAAGAAAAUUCGUAGAAAACACAAGGAGAUGCAAAACGAGGAAUUAAAUCCACGACGAAAGAAGUUGAAUGCUGCGGAGUUAGAGAAAAUUGACGCGGCUGCAGCGGUAGGUGACGAUACGGUAUUCAAAUGGGCGGAUUACUUUGGUGAGAACAAUACGCUGUUUGUUGUGGACGCUAAGAAGAAGGGAAAUGUGGGAAGGUUUCUGAAUCACUCAUGUGAUCCAAAUGUACAAGUGCAGCAUGUGUUUGUGGAUACACAUGAUCUCCGGCUUCCAUGGUCUUCAUUCUUUGCUAUCAGGAAUAUCAAAGCCGGAGAGGAAUUGUGCUGGAAUUACGGAUACUCACCGGAAGCACUGGAUCCAGAUCGUCCACGUCAUCGUCAACUGUUUUGCAAAUGCGGUUCUGCAAAUUGUCGCGGACGAUUACUGUGAUUGUAUGUUGAUUGAUGAUAAAUUGCCACAUGCUUGAUGUGUGUCUUUUGGUUCUCUUUCUUACCCUCUUUGAACGAUUUGAUCAACUUUUUACUUUUUGUCUCCUCACAUUUCAUCGAUCUCCUUGCUCCACACACUCUGAUCGUUUCUUAAAAUCCAAAAUUUGCCUUAACUUAUUUGGUAUUUCUUCGUGCUUAUUCUUUAAUACGGCCGUUUUUGCGCAUCUUGUCAGGCUACCGUAACCUUUGGAGGUUUACUUUCCAUUUCACAACCCCUAUCAGGGUACGCUCGUGGGACACGGUAGGAACCGAAAGCGUUUGUACUUUCUUGGAAACGCUAUCAAGCUCAAAAGUUUAGUUUGUUAUGUUGAUUUUUUGUUUGUAAUGAUAUAAAGUUGUUCAUGUUUUUUGGUUAAGGCAUCUCUUUUUUGACAUCUCAUCGGGUAAAUGUUAUUUUUAUGCUGUUUUUAUAAUUUUCAAGGUUAUUUGAAUGAAAGUUU